UGAUCAACAGUUAUGUACACUUUCGUUUAUUUUUAACUAGCGACUCGCCCCGGCUUCGCACGGGUGCAAUGCUGAUACUAAAUAUACUACAGAAUGUCUAUAUAUACAACGUUCACAGCUUUUUUAAUACAAACAUGUUUCUUUAGAGGUUACUCUUGAAAGAGCGACAUAUAAUUGGCCAUGUGAAAAACACUCAACGCUGAAAUCUAAGCCUGCAACGUUGAAGUUUGACAGUGCGAUUUAUUAAUGGUCAUUGCAAAAGAUAUAUUUACCGGAAAUUUUAGGCGUUUAAAUUGGAACGGUAAAUCCGAUGGUAUCAGAGGAAUUCGGGGAAUCAAUACAUCUCCGAAGUCGAAAAGGAAAGGAGACCGAGACUGGAACACCUGAAGACUGCAGCUGAAAUUAGGAAAUGGCUACCGUUGAUAAAAGAAGAGAUGGAAUCUUGCUUGACACUGCCGGGGCUGUUCCAGCACUCGCAGGUGCCUUGCUACACGGACGGCAAGGUGGGCGAGUACCGCAGGAGGCUGCUGCACCUGGAGAGGGAGUACAAGAGCUUCGCGAGGAAGCUGCGCAAGCUGGGCCCGGCCGCCGCGCCGCCGGCGUCGCCGGUGCAGCCCUACCAGCGGAGGCACUCGCGUGCAUCACCGCUGACCUCUGACGCAGCGACAGGCGUGGACGGGGUUCCCAAGAAGUACGACGAAAUCAGGAUACCGGUUUUAGACCUCGAGGGGAACCAACCUGCAUUGGAGCUCCAGACAGACACAGUUUCAGUCGACAGUGGGGGCGUGAAUGCAGAAAUGGCAGACCAGCCACUCACGUUCGACUCAAUCUUAAAGGAAACAGGCAAGGACACAAACACAGAGUGCAAACAACUUAAUCCUUUAGGCAUCGACUACAGUUCAUCUGGAGAAGACGACUGAUGUGUGAAGUUAGUAUAUUUAAUACAAGCCCAGAUUUUCGUGUUCAAUAAUCGGGACUCUCGAAGUGGUUGCUGCAGAUUGCCAAGGCACAUGUGAUAAGAAGGGCUUAGCUGAACAUUUUGUGUUGUGCGAGAAACAAUCCAUAAAACACUGUUUGUGGACAACUUCUCCCCCUCCCCCCUCAUGUUAUCAAUGUGAUAUGUACUGAUAAUUCACUCGUACCACACUAAUGAGUACGUGUGUAUUUAAAUAUGAAAAUAAUAAUAGCACAAGCAACAUGUUGGCAUUGACAGGACAAUCAGCUUUGUGUGUUAUUCUCAAGCAGUACAGGGUGGGUUGUAAGCAGGGCAGUCAAGAGGGAGGGGUAAGGGGGUAGAAUCUCCAGGCCCAGGCACCAGGGCUUCUUGAGUUUCGAGAUUUUUUUUUGACGUGA